CCUGGUUAAAACGAUGCGCAGCCAAUCACCGCGUCCUUCGAUCCAGCCAAUCAGUGCGUCCUUCGAUCGAGCAUCGUUUUUUAACUACCUUUUUCUUCCGCCUUUUCUUGAUUCCAAUCUUGAUCAAAUUCACCUCUUAAUAUACUGAUUCGCUGGGUUUUGAUUCGAAGCGCAGUCUAGGGUUUUGCACUUUGAAAUUUGUUAUCGAUCUUUAGCAGUGAAGUGUGUAUAGUAAUGGCAGAACCGGGAGUCGAUAAGAAGAAGAAGAGAGUGGUGGUUAUUGGUGGCGGCGUAGCAGGUUCUCUUCUUUGCAAAACCCUUCAAAAGCAUCGACAUUUUGAUUUCACCCUCAUUGAUUCGAAAGAGUAUUUUGAGGUGACAUGGGCAAGGUUGAGGUCAAUGGUGGAACCAUCAUUUGCAAAAAGAUCUGUGAUUAAUCACCAUGAAUAUCUUCAAGGUCACAUGGGUAGCAAAUGUGUCACAAAACCUGAGAAGCUCAGGGAGUAUGAAGCAGAUAAUGAAAAGAUCAAAUCUUCAGAGUCAAUAUUGAUAAUUGGAGGGGGACCCACUGGUGUGGAACUUGCAGCUGAAAUUGCUGUUGAUUUUCCCACCAAAAAGGUGAAACUAGUUCACAAGGGUUCAAGAUUGCUGGAGUUUAUAGAUGAAAAGGGUAGUAAAAAGGUGCUUGAUUGGUUAACUCUAAAGAAAGUUGAGGUAAUUUUAGGUCAAUCUGUGGAUUUGACUUCCAGCUCUGAUGAUGGAACUUAUAAAACAUCUGAAGGUGAAACUAUCAUGGCUGAUUGUUAUUUUAAAUGCACAAGUGAUCCGAUUGGUUCAUCAUGGCUUAAAGAGACAAGUCUCAAGGAUAGUUUGAAUGAUAGUGGUAGAUUAAUGGUUGAUGCAAAUUUUAGGGUCAAAGGGUUUGACAAUAUCUUUGCAAUUGGAGAUAUCACUGAUGUUGCAGAACUUAAACAAGGAUAUUUGGCACAAAAGCAUGCAUUGGUGGUUGCUAAAAAUUUGGAGUUGCUGAUAAAUGGAAGUGAUGGGGGCAAUAUGGUAAAAUACACUCCGGGAUCACCAACGGCAAUUGUGUCAUUGGGGAGACGAGAGGCCUUGUUGCAAGUAUGGUGUGUGACAUCGAUUGGGAGAGUUCCUGGUAUGCUAAAAUCUAAAGAUUUGUUUGUUGGGAAAACAAGGAAGCAGCUAGGGCUAAAACCCUAAUCUUGUUUGUUUAUUAUGCUUGGAAUUGGAUUGGAUUGAUAAACCCUUUUAUUAUACCAAACUAGUUUAUUCGGUUUGAAGUUUUAAGGUUAACAAACACAUACUAUGUUAUACAAGUCUAAAAGAGUGAAUAUGAAAACUUUGGUAUUGUUUGGUUAUGUAACAAUUUCAUUUAUUUUGGGUUAAGUCAUUGCUCAACUUCUCACUAGAGGAUACUUAUCUCAAUUCACACAUAUGGUAU